AUGAGACUAACAAGGCCAGACAAAGGUUGGUCCUGGGUUGUCAUGGUAGCGUCGUUUUUUAUUCACGGACUCAAUGGUAGCAUUCUGUACGGAGCUGGCAUCAUUCAAGUCUCACUACUUGACAGAUUCAACAGAAGUGUGUCGCUUACAUCAUGGGCUGGUGGAAUCUUUAUCUUCUUCAUGUCGUCUGCAGGUGUGAUUGGAAGUUGGAUUAUAAAUAGAUGGGGAUGUAGGACAGCUUUCUUAAUUGGAUCCGUGAUUAUGACAUCAGGAUUGAUUGCAUGUGUGUUCGUGAAGUCCUUGUCGCUUAUAUUUCUCGUAUACGGAUUUGUAGCAGGAAGUGGAUCAGGUAUUAUUUACACCACAGGAAUCGUUGUAGUGGGACUGAAUUUCGAGAAAAAGAGAAGCAUAGCAACUGGAUUUGCGUCCUGUGGUGCAGGCGUAGGGGUUUUCAUUCUAUCUCCGGUGAUCCAGCUUGCCAGGGAACAGUAUGGAAAUUGUGGGGUUUUCUUUGUAAUGGCAGGCAUCGCUCUUAAUAUGUCUGUAUUUGGGGCGUUGUGUUUUCCUUCUUAUCUUGAAUAUUACAAAGUGGAAAGACAUUUGGCUGAUAUAAACUUAUCAGUGUCUUCCCUGAGCUUAUCAAAAAAGAAACGGAUUUAUGAAAGGGUCAAGGUAUUUGCUAAUAUACCAUUUUUUCUGAUAUGUUUAAGUCUCUUUUCCAGCCAUGUAGGUAUUUAUCUGAUGUAUGUACAUCUUCCUAAUUUUGCAAUAUCUCGAGGUACAUCGGGUUUUGAGGCUUCUUUUUUAAUGUCCAUUACUGGUAUAAUGAACUGUGUAUCUAGAUUAUUUAUAGGUUUUGCUGGCAAUUCAGAACAUAUCUCAACUAUAAUUCUCUAUUUUGGAACAUUUUCAUUGCUUGGAAUAUCAACAAUGCUAUUUCCUUUUUAUGGUUCGAACUUUGUUGGACAAGCCAUCUAUGCUGCAUUUUUAGGAACGUAUUCCGGAUGUUGUUAUGUAUUAUUAGCCACUAUCACACCUAAUCUAGUGGGAUUGAAAAAUUUAGCAACAGCGUUUGGAAUCGAGAUGACAUUCACUGGUGUAGGGACCCUGAUAGGACCCCCAAUAGCUGGGUUUAUAUUGGAUUCAGGAGGGACCUAUGAAGCUUCCUUCUUUUUAGCAGGUUCUUCAGCAAUUAUAGCUGCAGUCUUAGGAUUGGCGUCUGAAGUGUUCCAUCAAGUUUCUCAUCCUACUGAAGCAUUUAUUUCUCCAGAAAAUGAUAAACUGUUCAAAGAGGAAAGUCAACAGCAAUGUGAUGGAAUUAUAACACAAUGA